GUGGCACCUUGUCUGAAUUACUGUCCAAGAAUCGCUCCAAACCACACACCUCCAUUCUCUGAAUUUCCCCCGCCGGCCGGCAUGCAGAUGCAGCUACAGAAUCGAUCGAUCCACCGGCGGCCUGGGAAGCUAGCUAGCUAGCCGGGCAGCAGAAUUAAGCGGACCGUCGGCGGCAUACAGAGGAUCGAGGUACCGGCUAGCUUGCGAGGAUGACGACGACGGCGGCGGUGAGCGACCCGCUGGCGGACCUAUGGCGGCACCUGACAUCCCCGGACACGACGCACCUCCACUGCUUCUUCCCGAGCAAGGUCACCAUGGGCGGCAUCUGGACGGGGGACAACCCGCUCGACUUCUCCCUCCCUUUGCUCCUCUUCCAGAUCCUCCUCAUCACCACCGUCACCCGCGCCGCCGUGCUCCUCCUCUCCCCGCUCCGCCUCCCGCGCUACAUCUCCGAGAUCCUCGGCGGCUUCCUCCUCGGCCCGUCCGUGCUGGGCCGCCUCCCGCACUUCACCGACGUCGUCUUCCCGGCCCGCUCCAUCUUCGUGCUCGACUCCAUGUCCCUCCUCGGCCUCGUCUACUACACCUUCACCGUGGGGGUGGAGAUCGAGCUCCCGACGAUCACCCGCGCCGGGCGGAGGAGCUUCUGGUUCGCGGCGGCGUCGGCGACUCCGCCGUUCGUCAUCGGCGCCGGCGCCGGGUAUCUGGCCAUCAGCAGCGGCCCUGGCAGGGUCAGGGGCGGGGACGGGCUCUCGUUCCCCAUCUUCCUCGGCGCGACGUUCGCGUCCACGGCCUUCUCGGUGCUCGCCCGCAACAUAGCCGAGCUCAAGCUCGCCGGCACCGACGUCGGCCAGCUGACCUUGUCGGCGUCUCUCCUCAACGACACGUUCGCGUGGGCCGGGCUGACGGUGGCCACGGCCCUGUCGCACGAGACGGAGAACGGGCUCGUCCCGUCGCUCUGCACGCUGGCCUGGGGCGGCGCCAUGUUCGGCGUGGGCUUCCUCGCCGUCCGGCCAGCGUUGCUCCGGCUGGCCCAGAAAGCCGCCGAGGGGGAGGUUGUGGGCGAAGUGAGCGAGCUUUCGCUGCUCAUCGGCGUCAUGGUGGCUUCCCUCGUGGCCGACGCCGGCGGCACGCACGCGAUCUUCGGGGCCUUCAUCUUCGGGCUCGCCAUGCCGAAUGGCCCUGUAGGGGUUGCCUUGGUGGAGAAAGUGGAGGAUCUUGUGGUGGGGACUCUGCUGCCGCUCUUCUUCGCCAUGUCCGGCCUGCGCACCGAUGUCGCCAAGGUCACGAGCACCAGCGCCGCCGCGCUGCUGACGGUGGCGUCCGUGGCGGCGUCGCUGCUGAAGGUGGCGGCCGCGGUGGGCGUGGCGGCGGCGUUCGGGAUGUCGCUCCACGACGGCACCUCCAUCGGCCUCCUGCUAAACACCAAGGGGGUCAUCGAGCUUGUGAUUCUGAAUAUCGCGAGGAACAAGCGGAUCAUGAGCGACCAGUCGUUUACGGUUCUGGUGUUCAUGUCGGCGCUCACCACGGCGCUGGUGAGCCCGCUGCUGGACAUGGUGGUGAAGCCGGCGCGGCGGCUGGUGUUCUACAAGCGGCGCACUGUGGCGUGGCCGCAGCAGGAGGCCGAGCUCCGGGUGCUGGCGUGCGUGCACGUGCCCCGCGACGCGCCGGCGCAGAUCGCGCUCCUCGAGAUCGUCCGCUCGUCGUCGCCGGUGGCAGUGCACGCGCUGCACCUGAUCGAGUUCGCCGGACGCUCCUCGGCGCUGCUGCUCAUCAACGCCUCCGCCCCCGCCGCCGCCGCAUCGUCAUCGUCCUCGUCUUCCUCCUCAGGGCAGAGCCACGUGGAGAAGCAGUUCAAGCACAUCGCGCACGCGUUCAUGGCGUACGAGGAGAACGUGGCCGCCGCGGGCGGCAUCGCCACGGCGCGCACCAUGGCGGCCGUGUCGCCGUACGCGUCGAUGCACGAGGACAUCACGGCGGCGGCCGAGGACCAGCACUCGGCGCUCAUGGUGCUGCCGUUCCACAAGCACCGGUCCGUGGACGGCGGCAUGGAGCUCUCCCACCCAGCGAUCCAGCCGCUCAACACCACCGUCCAGGCCUGCUCCCCCUGCACCGUGGCCAUCCUCGUCGACCGCGGCCUCGGCAUGUCGGCGUCUUCCUCCUGCUACCGCGUGGCGGCGCUCUUCUUCGGGGGGCGGGACGACAGGGAAGCUCUUGCAUUAGCCGCCCGCAUGGCACGGAACCCGGCAGUGGACCUCGCCGUGCUGCGGUUCGUCAAGAAAGGGCGGUCCGGCAGCAUGACGGCCAGCGAGUUCGACGCGCUCAAGGAGCGCAAGGCGGACGACGGCUGUUUGCGAGAGUUCCGGGACAGGGCUAGUGGCGGAGGAGGAGCGGCCGUGGAGUACUGCGAGCGCGGCGUGAUGAACGCCGGGGAGAUGGUGAGCGAGAUCCGGAGCGUGGACGCGGAAGGGAAGGACUUGUUUGUUGUCGGGAAGACGCCGGGGCUGUCGGCACUCACGGCGGGCAUGGCGGAGUGGAGCGAGUGCCCGGAGCUUGGCCCCAUUGGGGACUUGUUGGCGUCCAGGGAUUUUCAGACCACUGCGUCCGUGCUCGUCGUGCAGUCGUACGGCAGGGCGGCGGCGGCGACGGCGGUGCCUGGGGGGUCAUCGACGGGGACGUCGUCCAUGGAGUUUGCUGUCGGCGAGGCCGUGUUGCCGCCAGCACCGGAUUCUCAGGCCAGGCCAGGGCACCCGCCGAGGCGACCGCGGCAACCUGCUGACCUUAGCAUUGGAUGAUCAGAAGCUCAUACUGUAGGAUCAAGUUGUUGCAUUGCAUCUGUAUGGCGAUUAAUUGGAUUUGCGUAGAGAAUUGAAUAGACAGUUUCCCUCCUCUUAAUUGACCGUGCAUUGUAAUCUAGUGUAAUGAGCAG